AUGAUUCAUGGUCCAUGUGGCUUACUCAACAACAACUCACCAUGCAUAUCUGAUGGAAAAUGCACGAAACGAUACCCAAGAAACUUACUUGCCGAGACUAUCACUGGCAAUGAUGGAUAUCCACUCUAUCGACGACGAUCAACUGAAGAUGGCGGCAAAUCCAUCACUUUAAAAGUACGAAACAAUGAUGUUGAAGUCGAUAAUCGUUGGGUUGUACCGUAUUCACCGUUACUUUCGAAAACGUACAAAGCACACAUCAAUGUCGAGUAUUGUAAUUCGGUGAAAUCGAUCAAGUACAUUUGCAAAUAUGUCAACAAAGGAAGCGAUAUGGCAGUUUUUGGAGUGGGAAAUGCAACUGCAUCUAUCGAUGAAAUCAACCAAUAUCAACUGGGACGCUACAUUAGUAGCAAUGAAGCAGUAUGGCGCAUUUUAUCAUUUCCAAUCCAUGAACGACAUCCAACAGUUCAUUUGGCAGUACACCUUGAAAACGGACAGCGCGUGUACUUCACAACAGAAAAUGCACGUGCAAGAGCAUUGUCAUCGCCGCCAAUAAAGUUAACUGCAUUUUUCUCAAUGUGCGGGAAUGAUAUGUUUGCAAAAACGCUACUUUACUCUGAAGUGCCAACAUACUACACAUGGAAUGCAUCAGCAAAAAAGUUUGAACGUCGCAAACAAGGUAAAGCAGUUGAAGGACAUCCCAAUUUAUAUUCGACCGACACAUUAGGCCGUCUGUACACUGUUUACCCAAACAAUGCAGAAUGCUUUUACUUGCGAUUACUGUUAAUCAACGUACGUGGACCGACAUCCUUCCAAGAAUUGAGAACAGUAAACGGUUAA